AUGGAGCACCGAAUCCAAGGAGGCUUUUCAACAACUGAAGUAGUGUCUGGUCAACCCUCCACUCCUCUCUCAAUCGCUGCCAGGCGAAACCCUCUUCCUCUACCUAGCUGUGUCAAACACUGCGAGGGUAGUGGGACCGGUCUAAUCCUCACCAUCUCAGAAGAUGAGUACUUCAAGUGUGCCCUCUGCUUCCUGUUCGACGCAAACAAUAAUGAGACCGAAUAUGAGGCCUUGAUAGCAAGUCUUCGACUAGCCAAAGACAUCGGUGUAAACCAUAUUCGAGUAUUCAGUGAUUCCCAAUUGAUUGUCGGACAGAUUACUGGGAAGUUUGACGCAAAGGAAGAGACGAUGCAAGCAUACAAGGACAUUGCCCUUCCUCUUGUCCGCCUUUUCAAUAUUUUCCAGAUCAAACACAUCCCUAGGUCGGAAAACUCCAAGGCGGACGAAAUGGCUUAA